GGUCUCCAUCUCCCAGCAGAAGGCGCAGCCAUGAAUCCGUUAUUCGGUCCCAACCUCUUCCUCCUACAGCAGGAGCAGCAGGGCCUGGCCGCGCCGCUGGGGGACCCUCUGGGAGGUGAUCCCUUCGCCGGCGGAGGGGACCUGGGCCCGGCGCCGCUCGCCCCGGUCGGCCCCGCUGCCUACUCGCCGCCCGGGCCGGGGCCGGCGCCCCCCGGGGCCAUGGCGCUCCGAAAUGACCUGGGCUCCAACAUCAACGUGCUCAAGACCCUGAACCUCCGCUUCCGCUGCUUCCUGGCCAAGGUGCAUGAGCUGGAGCGCCGGAACCGGGCUCCGUACCCUACCCAUGUUCUUGUUCUCCCCAUGUCUGCCAGGUGGGAAGAGGAGUACACAGUUCGCCUACAGCUGCAGGAGCGAGUGAAUGAGCUCCAGGAGGAAGCCCAAGAGGCGGACGCCUGCCAGGAGGAGCUGGCCAUGAAGGUGGAGCAGCUGAAGGCUGAGCUUGUGGUCUUCAAGGGGCUCAUGAGCAAUAACUUGUCAGAGCUGGACACGAAGAUCCAGGAGAAGGCCAUGAAGGUGGACAUGGACAUCUGUCGCCGCAUCGACAUCACCGCCAAGCUCUGCGACGUGGCUCAGCAGCGCAACUGCGAGGACAUGAUCAAGAUGUUCCAGAAGAAGCUGGUCCCGUCCAUGGGGGGGCGGAGGCGGGAGCGCAAGGCUGCCAGCGAGGAGGACCCCUCGGUGUUGGAGAGCGACGGGCCCCGCCCGCCCGAUGGGGAGGAGGAGGAGAGCGCAGCCCUCUGCAUCAACGAGGAGAUGCAGCGCAUGCUCAACCAGCUGAGGGACUAUGAUUUUGAGGACGACUGUGACAGCCUGACUUGGGAGGAGACUGAGGAGACGCUGCUGCUGUGGGAGGAUUUCUCCGGCUAUGCCAUGGCAGCGGCCGAGGCCCAGGGCGAGCAACCGGAAGACAGUUUGGAGAAGGUGAUCAAAGACACGGAGUCCCUGUUCAAAACCCGGGAGAAGGAGUAUCAGGAGACCAUUGACCAGAUAGAGCUAGAGCUGGCCACAGCCAAGAACGACAUGAACCGGCACCUGCACGAGUACAUGGAGAUGUGCAGCAUGAAGCGGGGCCUGGACGUGCAGAUGGAGACCUGCCGCCGGCUCAUCACCCAGUCUGGAGACCGAAAGUCUCCUGCUUUCGCCGCUGUCCCACUUAGCGAGCCGCCGCCACCGCCAAGCGAGGCCGAGGACCCCGACCGCGAUGUCUCAUCUGACAGCGCCCUGAGAUAGGGGCCUGCCCGCACCCUGGCUCCUCACUGCGGGGCAGGGCCCGUGGUGGCGCUAGGCUUGGCCCUGCCCCUCCUGGGUGACCCCCACCUCCGCUGGGGCAUCCCUGCCUCACACGUGGGCAUCUGCUACUCCCCCAUCUUCUAAAACGCUGCCAGACCUGCCCCUUCACCCCAUGGCCUCAUGCCAGCUGUCUACCCCCAUACUGGUGCUAACUGGCCCAGGCAGGGGUACGAAGCGGAUGGUGGCUUGUGCCACACCUGUUGGGGGCAGCCAGAAGGGAGAAGGGGGAUGGGCAGGAUGCGGUCCCAGUGCCCACCUGACAGAGGCGACUGCCCUUCCCCCUCUGUGGGGCAGAGUGCCCGGCCCCGGGAGCAGACUGGUGCAGUGCCCUGGAGGAGCGGGAACUCUGGCUCAGCUCCCAGUCUGUGUGGAGGGAGGAAGGGAGCGGGCAGCAGGGGAAGCUGCGUGCACGCGCACAGGCUGGCUGUGUGUGCGCGCGCGUGCGUGCGUGCUCAGGGGCUUGCCUUCAUCAGCCACAGAUGUGCCUCCUCCGUGUCUGUUGCACGUGAGACCGAUAGGCUGAGUAAGGGUAUCCCGGACUUGCAGAAAUUGGGAAGGCGUGAUUGCGAAUGUAACUGCUGACAAUUGGAUGGAACCUUUAAUAAUGAAACUGGCCAUUAUUUAUCAAGCA